CCUGGGGUUGAGUUACUGCGAGGCAGAAUUUCUCGAAGAAAUCGGAAUAAGGACGAAUUAAAGCGAUAGGACGCUGCUUGUAGGAGACUUCGCAGCCACGUACUUUUUUUUCGGGAAGCGAGUGCUGCGUGUUGUGGACGCCACCCAGAAAACUAAAAUUGUGCAAGCUCUAGCCGGGAAGCGUAGCCGUAAAUUGUGCCAUUUGUUAGAUAAAGUUCCCGGUGGGAAAUUGUUUGUCGCCUCCGAACGGCAGCCGUUUUUUCGUGUCAUAUACAGCAACGCAAGGGAAAAGCAUCAUGCAUCUGGGAGCACAAAAGCUAGCGCUUAAGCAGAAAGAGGCAAAGCUUGCCGCAGCCUUCCCCAAGGGAAUACAGUGCCAGAAAUGUUUGGAAUUCGGCCACUGGAGCUACGAGUGCAAGGGCAAACGCAAGUAUCUGCACCGCUCUUCGCGGACUCAGGUACUGAAGGUUAACAUGAAGAAGCUGCACAACAAACAGGCCAACGAUGGGAACGGCAAUCAAGCACCGCCAGGGACGACCGAUGGCGUAACGAAACGCAGCGGAAAGGAUAAGAACAAGUCAGGGGAUGGAUCGUCCGGAUCAUCGGAUAGUAGCGAUAGUAGCAGCAGCAGUAGCAGCAGCUCCUCGAGCAGUUCUAGCGGAAGCAGCAGCAGCAGCAGUGAUAGCGAUAGUGGCACCGAUAGUAGCAGUAGUAGUAGUAGUAGUAGUAGCUCCUCGAGCAGUUCCAGCGGAAGCAGCAGUAGCAGCAGCAGCGAAAACUCCAGCUCGUCCGAAGAGGCGGCUGGCAAAGUGAGCAAAAAGAAAAAGCUACCUAGCAAAUCCAAGGACAGCAGUGUGGCCAACGGACGAAAGGAGAAAAAGAAAAAGGUUCUCAGGAAACGAAAGCAUGGCAAAAGGAGCGGUGAUAAUUCGAGCAGCGAAAGCGAAGGAUCCUUGCAGUCAGACGAAGAGGACCGAAAGAAAAAGAAGAAACGUCGCAAAGGAGCCGAAUAGGGCGCUUCCGCGCGAUCUCCGCGCUUCGAAUCUUCAUCACCAUCCAUCUCUUCUACAACUAACCGAUAAACGCCCCUUGGGCGACAAACUACUAAACUAAUAAUCUUGAUCCUGCCGCCACCAAAGGCAGGAGGUAGCCACACAUUUAUUCCAUAAAAAGUAAUCGUCUAAAUUGUUGUACAUACUGGUCAUGCAGAAAAAAAAGCAUAAAUUGGAACACAUAAUCUUACAUAUAAACCACCGUAAAUAAAACAUACAAAAGUAGCGAGACAUUACGCUUCGGCAGC